GUUGGGCAACGAGUAUGCAGUGAGGAGGUCGCAUGGCUUUCCGAGAAUGGUCAACUGGGAGAGUAAGCCGAAAACUACACUCGGGAAGGAUGAAGUGACCAGAUUAUUUGCUAAAAAUUUGACAGUGUACUCCGUGUUAUGUCCUCGGCCGAACGAGAUUGAGUUUGUGAGUUACAUAACCGGGGGUCAGCCUCCGUUAUUUGUUGACUUGGAGGAACUUGUGUUGGGUGAGGAUGGGCAACCAACACAGGAUGCUUUGCGAAGCCAGGCCGAAAGCUUGCCUCCACAUUGGAAGAACGAGCGGAGGCAGCCCGAAUAUUUAAAGACUCUACACCACCUCCACCGUCUCCUCCACGUGCACCGCCUGCAGUUCCAGAUGGGGUCCGCUUCAGUUCCUGAUGGGUCUGGUGUUGACCCACUUGCAGCGUCACAGGGUCCUCCUGUUCCCCCGUCAGCUUCCAUUCCCAGCACCUCGGAGGCUCGCGAUCCAGUAUACCCUGCCAUUUUGGCAAGGUUGGAGACUGUGGAGAGGGGGCAGGCCGCUCUGCUAAGAGGACAAACAGCGAUUAUGGAUCAGUUGAAGACCAUAAUGACGCUCCUGCAAGAUCCUGGAAGGCCGGCAGCAGAUUCACAGCCACAGCCACAGCCACAGCCACAACCGGAAGAGGAGGCUCGGACACCGGAAGAUGACUUCAUUCUCCCAAAUGAUUACCAACCGGAUGAUGAUGACAUGUUCUGUACACCUGAGAAGACGAAUAUCACCAGCAUCGGGGAUACUCAGGAUUCUGAGGUGCAGGUGUUAGAGACAGCUCCAGAAGUCAUGGAGAACCGGAGGAAGAGAAGGCGGCCUAGGUGGUUCGCUGAGUACACUGAAAUGAAGAAGAAGCCUAGGGCUACUUCGACACUCGUGAAUGCGGACCCACUUAGAGUGGUUGAUCGGAAGCUGCUCAAGACUUUUCACAAUUGGGUACUCGACCAGAUUGGGAACAAUUACCCGAGAGAGUGCUUCACCGGUCGACACCAUUCGUCUUGGUUCCUCGAACUGCAUACUCCGAAAUUUUGGCUUGGGAACGAUCAUUUGGAUGCGGCAUUCCAUUUGAUGAGGAGGCGUCAACACUUUUAUCCCGAGUCCUACCCGAAUAGAUGUGUCAUAAUGCCGUGUAUUUUCCCAGCAGGAGUUAUUGCUCGGUGGGAAGCUGCGGGUGAUGACCAGGCUAACUAUCAGUGGGACGAGAGCAUAUUAGAUUUGAUUCGAGGGGAUGAAAGUCAAUUCUUGGCCAGUUGGAAGAACAAGGAGAGAAUAUAUAUGGCCCUCUACUUCGAUGGAGCAAAGCAUUGGGUGGCAUUAGAGAUAGAUCUGGAUCAUUGGUUGUUGAACAUAUUUGACUCCAGCCUCGGAUCGAUUUCCCCGAACGAAUUGAACUGUCACCUGGCAAUGUGGGAAAAAUUACUACCAAAUUUGCUGCUGCAGGCUGGCCUAUUCGAGAGUCAUGACAUGAUCCUCUUGCCUCAACUUACCGCCUCAGAGAGCCAGGUCAGAAAUUUCACUUCAAAAGUCAUGGAUCGGGCCGUUGUUCCACAGACAAAGACAAGCGGUAACUACGGGAUGUACGUGAUAGAGCACAUCGAGCAUAGUAUGCUGGAGACUACGUUUGAUAAUGUGCACGAUGAGAAUAUGAAGAAAUUUAGAGAGCGGUGGUGUGUAGAUUUGUUUUACCAGAAUUUAGCAUGAACAAAUGUUUUUUUAUUU